AUGAGUAUUGUUGACAAGCAUCUCUCAUCGCUCGGUCAUAAAUGUCUUAUUUAUGCUGACGAUCUAGUAAUUUUCUCUUCCAAUAAGUCCCUCAAUAUUUCCGUUGAUAACAUCAAUUCUGCCCUGAAGGAUCUAAGGUUUAUCCUAACCAAAUUGUCUUUUGAAGUUGCUCCUGAAAAAUGCAAAUCUGUUAUUUUCACUCGACGCAGAUACAUUAACCAUCUUAACAUAUAUUUUGAUAACAAUAUUAUACCUUUUGUACCAAUUAUCACUUAUUUAGGUAUCAUCCUUGAUCCCAAACUUUGUUGGUCACCUCACAUUACGUCACUCACAAUUUUCGCCUCUCGUUGGUCUAAUUUUCUUAGAUCAAUAACUGGUACGUGGUGGGGCUCUCAUCCCUCAUGCUUAUUAUCCAUUUAUUUCUCAAUUAUACGCUCUAAAUUGGACUAUGGUUGUUUCCUUUUUGGGUCAGCCUCUUUUUGUAAUUGGAAAAAACUUAACAAACUUCAAAUCUCCUGCCUCAGAACCAUUAUGGGUUAUGUAGAUUCCACUCCAUGCCCUGCUAUUGUAGUCGAAUCUAUUUGCCCGCCCUUCAAUAUUAGAUGUCGUUGGCUCGCUGGUAAAUUUAUUUUGAAAUCAUUAUCUCAUAGUAAACACUUAAUUUUUGACAUUUACUAUUCUUUAUAUCUCAAUUGGCGCUAUGUCCCCAAAUCCACUCCAGUCUUAUCUAUUAUCGCUAAUUCCGUUUCGUGUUUCCACCAAUUCAUCAUCAACUCAGUUAAACUUCCUCUUUAUGAGCUUCCAUAUGAUUCAUUACUAUGUUCCCCUCAUGUUCAAUUAGGUCAUCAAUUUUCUGACCUUUCCUCCAAUGAUUUCAAAUUGAUGUCUUACUCCAUGGUAAAUGCAGCUUUUUCAAACUAUCUUAAUAUACAGUUUCUCGAUUUUAUUAUUAUCUAUACAGAUGGAUCAGUAUCACCUCUUUUUGCUGUUUAUGCUUUCCACAUUCCAAAAUUGCAUUUAUCUUUCACUAACAACCUCCCUCCAUCGUCUUCCUCCUUCUCAGCUGAAUGCUAUGCUAUCAUCGAAGCCCUAACAUUAAUUCUUAACUUCACCCCUAAUAAAUAUUUAAUAGCCACUGAUUCUAUGUCCUGCCUACAAGCUUUAGUUUCCAACCCUUUCAACUCUCAAAUCUCCCCUAUUGUUCUUCGUAUCAAAUCACUUGUUUUCAACCUCAAUCAAUCUAACUACACGAUUCACUUCCUUUGGAUUCCCAGUCACACUGGUAUUCGAGGUAACGAGAUUGCUGAUAAUUUGGCUAAAUAA